UCCACAGCUGACAACAGGCUAGGCGUUUCCAGCCGAGUCUCAGGAAACCUGACGGAGGAUUCUCCCCCAGAGGCGAGGGCGACGCCGGCCGGUGAAGGGGCAUUUUCUGGAAAUCUUCGUUAUUAUUAGGAUUUAGGACGAGUUGCCCCGCGAGGCAGAGGGACCGGUUCGUGAUUCUCAUGUACCCCCGGAAAGAUGUGUAAUGGAUACCCGAUGGACCUGCUGCAAGGGGAUUAUCCCCACUAAAGGAGACGUCCGCCCCGUAACCCACCUCAUGAGGCCGACGGAGAAGAGAGUCUGAGAUAUUUUUGCCCCGCGUGUCUUCCUGGAAUAAACAAGGCAUCGGCCACGGACGGCAGAAGGGAGGGGUCCAACAUGGGCAGUAAACCCAAGAGCAGCGAGGCGCUGAAGGUGGUGGUACGAUGCCGGCCCCCCAACCGCAAAGAGGACGCGGCCGGCUACGACAGCAUAGUGUCUAUGGACAUCAAGCUCGGGCAGGUGACCAUCCGAAAUCCCAGGGCCAACCAGGGGGAACUGCCAAAGACGUUCACGUUUGACGCCGUGUAUGAUGCCAACUCCAAGCAGGCGGAUUUAUACGACGAGACGGUCAGGCCCCUCAUAGACUCUGUCCUACAAGGGUUCAAUGGCACCCUGUUUGCAUAUGGGCAAACGGGCACAGGCAAGACCUACACCAUGCAAGGCAUGUGGGCCGAGCAGGAGAAGCGAGGGGUCAUCCCCAACGCUUUCGAUCAUAUUUUCACCCAUAUCUCACGAACCCAGAACCAGCAGUUCUUGGUGAGGGCGUCUUACCUUGAGAUCUACCAAGAGGAGAUAAGAGACCUCUUGUGCAAGGAUCAAAACAAGAAGCUGGAGCUCAAGGAGAACCCUGAGACCGGCGUUUACAUCAAAGACCUCUCUUCCUUCGUGACCAAGAACGUGAAGGAGAUCGAGCACGUGAUGAACUUGGGCAACCAGGCUCGGUCGGUCGCUUGCACCAACAUGAACGAGCACAGCUCCAGGAGCCACACCAUCUUUGUCAUUACGAUCGAGUGCAGCGAGUUGGGCGUCGAUGGACAGGAGCAUAUCCGGGUGGGCAAACUCAACCUGGUGGACUUAGCCGGCAGCGAAAGACAAAGCAAAUCUGGAACGAACGGUGAAAGACCAAAGGAAGCCUCCAAAAUCAACCUGUCCCUCUCAGCCUUGGGUAACGUGAUCUCCGCUCUGGUAGACGGCAGGAGCACCCACAUUCCUUACCGAGACUCUAAGCUCACCCGCUUGCUCCAGGACUCUCUCGGCGGUAAUGCCAAAACCAUCAUGGUGGCCACUUUAGGCCCAGCGUCUCACCAUUUCGAGGAGACCUUGUCUACCCUAAGGUUUGCCAACAGGGCGAAGAACAUUAAGAAUAAACCGAGGAUCAACGAGGACCCCAAGGACACUCUGCUAAGGGAAUUCCAAGAGGAGAUCGCCAGGCUGAAGGCCCAGCUGGAGAAACGAGGGAUGUUAAGCAAGAAGAGAAGAAGGAACAGCCGCAGGAAAAAAUCAGUGGACGGGGAGAGUGCCGUAGACACAGAGACAGAGGAGGAGAACGACCACGGGUUGAUCGAGAAAAACGUCGGAUGUUACCUGAAGGAACAGGCCGAGCAGCUUCAGCAGGAGAAGGCGGCCAUUCAGGAUGACCAUAGUCUGCUGGCAGAUGAGAAGCUGAAGCUCAUCGAAGAGAAAGAGAAGAUGAUGGAGGACUUGUCCAAGGAGCAGAAGGCCACAGAGCUUCUGGCCGUCAAAUUCAAGGCAAUGGAGAGCAAGCUGCUGAUUGGAGGGAAGAAUAUCAUGGACCAUACCAAUGAGCAGCAGAAAAUGCUGGAGAUCAAACGUCAGGAAAUAGCCGAGCAGAAACGCAGAGAGCGAGAGAUUCAGCAGCAGAUGCUCCUGAGAGAUGAGGAGACCGUGGAGCUGCGGGGCACCUACACGUCUCUGCAGCAAGAAGUGGAGAUGAAGACCAAGAAACUCAAGAAGCUCUAUGCCAAGCUACAAGCCGUGAAGGGCGAGAUUCAGGACCAGCACGAUGAGUACGUCCGGGUGAGGCAAGACCUGGAGCAGGCGCAGAACGAGCAGACGCGGGAGCUCAAAUUCAAGUACCUGAUCAUCGAAAACUUUAUCCCCCCCGAAGAGAAGAAUAAGAUCAUGAACAGACUUUUCUACGAUUCCGAGGAGGAUCAGUGGAAGUUCCAGCCGCUCGUCCCACCAGGAAACGCCAGUGGAGGUGGCAGCAGAAUGAAGAGACGUCCGUUGUCUGCGGUGGGAUACAAGAGACCAAUCAGCCAGUAUGCCAGGGUUGCCAUGGUGAUGGGGUAUCAUCCCAGGUACCGGGCUGAGAACAUCAUGUUCCUUGAGUUGGAUCUGACACCUCCUGCCGUCUUUGAGAUGGACUUCUCUAAGGACCGAGCUGAACAAGACCCACGAGCCGUACACCUGGAGAGGCUGACGCGCUUGGACAAUCUGAUGGAGCGCCCGGCUGCAGCUCGAGUCCGGAAAUCCAGGUCCUGGUGCCAGCAGGCGCGGCUUCUCCCGUCUUCGUCCACGCACAUCUCCCUGUCCUCCAACAGCCAAAGGCGUCCCUUGUCCCCUACAGACGAGUGACGCCGGCUCUCCUUCACAGCUCCACACAAAGCGCGACUUCUUACACCACGCCGCUUCGCUAAAAAACCAGACUGAGAAGCAGACGCCGGGUCUUCACCGCCGUCAGUCUGCUCAACUCCGCCUGGAGCUGAGACCUCAACCGAGGAACGUAGGAACAAUUAAUUAUUUAAGGAAAUCCCAUAUUUAUUUAUUUAUGUCAAGGGGCCUUGCUGCCCGUUUGCUGCACUUUUUCUUUUUUCCAUGUCGGCAGAAGGGUGAUCACGUUUUAGGUUUGAAAAGUAACAGAUCCCACGAGAUCCAGAGGAUUUAUUGUUG